UCGGAGUCGGCAAAGAGAAUUAUAAUUUAUAAAUCGGAACAAAAGGGGGCUCCCGGGAGCACAUGCAUAAAGAAAAGGAAUUUGGGGUGACGGGUUUAAACACUUAUUUAGCAGUAUCUGUAGUAUACGUCGUAUGCAUUUUCUAUGCUUCACAGGGAGGAAUGAAAGCAGUAAUAAUGACAGACACGUUUCAGUCGGCAGUGCUAGUCGGUUCCUUGGCCGUAGUUUUAGCAAUGGGCAUUUCAAAUAUUGGCGGAAUGGAUAACGUCUGGGAACACGCAUGGAACACCAAUCGCCUCCAUUUCUUUGACAUGAGCUUUGACCCAACCAUACGACACUCGUUCUGGUCAGUAGUUAUCGGGGGUACGAUGUACUGGACCAGUAUGUUCUGCGCCAAUCAAGCCUCUGUGCAAAAAUACUUGGCGGUAGAGCAAAUAUGGCAAGUACGCGUAGCGCUUUGGAUGUCGGCGUUUAGCCUUAUCGCAGUAUAUUCAGUCAAUUUCAUCACUGGGGCCGUCCUUGCGGUCUACUACGCGGAUUGUGAUCCAAUUCAGGCUGGUACGAUCAACGCCGCCGACCGACUUCUGCCGCUGUACGUGAUGCAACAAUUGGGUGGAAUACACGGCGUUCCGGGAUUUUUCGUUGCGGGUAUCUUUGCUGCUAGCCUUGGGACGGUAGCAUCAGCUUUAAAUUCUCUAGCUGCGAUUGCAUGUGAAGAUUUCGUCACAGGGCUAUUUAACAUAACACUGCCAGAGAAUAAAGGAGCUUUUAUUGCUCGAUGGGUCUGCGUGGUGUGCGGCGUGGUUUCAUUCAUAUUGGUGUUCGCUGUAGAGCGGCUGGGGCCGGUAUUACAAUUGGCGCUUUCAUUUAAUGGCAUGACCGGGGGUGUGUCACUGGGACUUUUUUCUCUGGGCAUGCUGUUUCCGUGGGCGAAUGCUAAGGGAGCCAUCGCAGGCGGCAUAUUUGGGUUGCUAUUGGUGAUUGUCGCUGGAGGAGGUGCACAGCUUUCCCAGAUGCCAUUGCCCCGAGUGCCAGUUUCCACGGAAGGCUGUGACGCAUCGUUCAACUUAACAAUCACAGCUGAUACCUAUGAACAAUCUGAAGAGUAUCUAUUCUGGUUAUUCAGAGUAUCAUACUUAUGGUAUUCAGGAUUGGGCUUCAUUGCAACUAUAUUGAUUGGUUUAUUAGUAUCAAUAGCAACAGGCACAACCGAUCCCACGACUGUGCCAAUUGAUUUAAUAUCUCCACCUAUUGUGACGCUGCUAAACUCAUUACCUGUUAAACUGAAGAAAAAGUUGCAGAUACCGCCACGACUAGGUCUAGAACGACGACGAAGCUCCAGCGUCCGCCCUCCCAGUGUCGCAGAUGAUAAAGACACAAGGCGACGACGACGCUUGUCAGAGCUAGCUGGUGGCGUAUUCUAUAGUGAUGCACCAAUAUUAUCAAGUGGCCAUGAAAACUUAGGUCUCGAAUUAGAACAACCUUCGUCUGAUGAUGCCCAACACACACUUAAAUUAGAUGUUUCUGAAAACCAAAUCACGCAGUCCUCUACUUGUUAAGCAUAGAAAAUAGCAUUUAAAAAAUACAGCUUAAACCCACAGCGCAAAUACAGGAUUACCUAUAUAAUUAUUAAGCCAUUUGACUUUCUACCUGUAGCAUGCUACAAGGCUCAUAAAUGGGCCGAUUAGUCUGCUGAAAGCCAAUGGCGGCCUUAAGGAGUGACGAACGGGGUAACUACCCAGGGUCUCGCACUUCUCACCUUUUAUGUUUGCAUGCAACGCCAGUGUAGCGACUCACACCAGUACCCCCUAGUAAAUUCCUGCUAGGGGUGCCUACAGAUGUAUGUAAAAAACUCAGUGCAAGGAAGCAGGCAUACACGCGACAUAUUUUUACAGCUACUAUGACCGUGUGUGAAAACACGAACGGGGAAAACCCUGUGCGUGUUGUUGUUUUGGUAAUAUUUGUAGGGCUAAUUUCUACUUGCGUAGCGUGUUACCGCCGCAAUAGUGAUUUGCGUCGUUCAGGUUUAAUUUAAGUAAGGGACAAACACCUAGGCUUGCGACGAACAAUACGAAUGAGAAUAUUUUUUUUUAGUAACGCAGUCAAAGCGUUCUCCAAGGAGGACUAUAAACUUAACUAAAUAAUAUACUUAAUGGACAUAUAAUAUAAUUGUUAUUCAAACAAAAUGUUCAAAGACCAUCAAUUAUGAUUUAUCUGCCUUGUGUAGCUAAGGGACCGUCCAUAGUUUACAUCACAAUUUUUUUAGGAACCUCUCCCAUCGGUGUGAAGUCUCGUUUUUUUUUAAUUUUAGAUACACACAAAUCUGAGUACCUAUACUACUAAAUAAAAUCAACAUUAAAUCGCGGCGGGCGGAAUUUGACUCAAAUGCAGCCGCAUUUGAGCCGACCAGUUGAAGAGCGGCCUUGUGUUACAGCAGCCGCUCGCUAGCUAGCGAUUUUAGCUAUUUUAGUUUUUCAUUUACAGUAACUUCUUGUGUUUUAAUACGUAAAGUGUUUUGAUAUAUGUCACGAAAUGUAUGACCCCGUCCCCUUCUCACAUAGUCUGUUGUCACACUUUCUUGACUCCUCCGUUUCUUAACGUGUGCUAUAAUUUAUAGAUGACCCUAAGCUAAAUAUUUAUACUGCAAAUAUUUUUAAAAAGAAAACCAGCAGCUUCUCGACAGACCUUGCCUUAAAAUCUGCAUGUUGAAUUAAGAAUAGGUAUUUUUAAACUGUACAUUAAAAUAUCUAUAUAAUAUUUAUGCAUUAGGUAUUAUUGAUGGAAGAACUUUAAGCUGUGGCAAAUAGGUAUAAUUUCAAUGUAGAAUGCCUCUGCCUAUAUAUUGUUUUUUUUAUAUUUAUAUGUGAAUAUUAUUGUAAGAUUUAAUUUUAAAUUCACUAAAUACAGUGAAUGAGCACAACCAUUUAUGUAAAUGUUAAAAAAGAGCAUUUUAAAUAACUUAUUUUCUAUAUUAUAAAGUUCUUAAAUACUGACAAUGAUGUGAUUAACAAAGAAUAAGUAUACCAAAUAAAUUUAUCUUAUAUCGUGUAUUUUUGCCAAGUUUUUUACAUAACAAUAAUUAUUUAAAUAAUGUAAUUUCGUCUCGUAUUAAAAUGACCUAUUCUAUAAAUAUCCACAGGGUUAUAAAUUUUAAAUUAAUCAUGUCCAAUUCUGAAUUGUCUAAUUGUACAAAUUGUUAGCUUAUAUCAAUAAUUUAUUGUAUCAAGUAAUAGAUACUUAAUUAAAAGAAGUGAGUACCUUGGGGAUAAGGGCCACAGUGGAUAAUUUAACAAUCGGCCGAAAUCCGAAUCACGCGACAGGGGCACGUCAUUCAGACGGUCAAAUUGAGAAGGUGGAUGUUAUGAGAGAUUAUACGACUUACAUUUUACAAACCACAAUGAAAUUAAUCAAAUUAAAUGAUGGAAUAUUAACUCAAUACUUAGUAUUACUAUUCUUAAUCUAAAUAAACUUUAGGCAUAGCUAAUUAUUAAAUUACGUACUACCUCCGGUCUUUCAAAUUUGUUUCUAUUCUCCAAUAUUAUAGGUAGGUACCUAUAAUUUACACAUACUCAGAAUUGGACAGUUUUCGAGUACAGUGGACAUGUUUAGACGUAGGCAUUUUAUAGCGAGAGUAAUAAUUUAUUAUACUAUAUUCAAGGAAGAAAAAAAAAUUAUAUCUAGAAUUCUUCGUUUUAAAAUAUGUAUAAAUAAAUGCCUUUGCUGCAAGUUGUCUGUACAACCAAAUUCCAUAGGAUAAUUGGAGUGGGUAGUAAUUUUAUUUUUUUCUUUCCUGAAUAUUGUAAUGAAAACAAAUACACAUAUACUUAACUGAUGCGUUCUGCAAAGUUUGAAAAUAAAAUUCACAUAAAAUACCAUGUCAAAAUAAUAAUAGCAA